AUGCUCAGUAGAACUCCCAUCAAAACGAGAGCCGCGUCUGCCCGCGACAACCAAGUUGUGGGUACGGGAGACACGGAUGAAUCCACCAAGCGAUGUAAACAAUGCACGAAUGUGACCAACGAGCAAGUAGUCGGCUGCGCCAAGUGUGGUGACGUUUAUCAUAUCACGUGCGCGGAAGUUGCUGAAGCAGACCAGUACAGUGACUGGAGAUGCUUCGUUUGCCUGGAGAAACAAGGAGCUAAGCCCAAGGUGACCACGAUAACUUCAAUGGCUAUGGAACCGUCUGUAAGUCCAGAAAAUCAGAAUCCACCGGUAAGCACCACUUCAGCACCACUAGUACCGAUAAAAUCCGGUCCGGCCAUCAAUGCUAUGGUUUCGCCAAACUCGUUAUUUCCGCCGUUAUUACCAAACACCGUUUUGCCACCCCAUUCGCAUAUGCCACCUAACCUGUAUAUCCCGUCUCAUACAACGCCACCGUUGCCGCCAAACCGUCACUCCAAUUUACACGUCUCGUUCUGCAAAUUUGAUCCGUGUAACUCUGUUCCAUCAAGUUCCGGUCAGCCGAUUUCGUCGGCACUAAAUACAGUUCCAGCAAGUUUUAGUAAUGCGUUUUGUACUAGUAUGGACAAUCGAAAGAACAUUCCGGACUCAGACUUCAACAAGGAUCCAACAAACAACAAGCAACAAGGUUUAACGGAUAACGGGAGUCAUUGUUCCAGAACCAGUUCACAGAGGUCCAGGAAGCAGAGACAACUGAAGCUGGAGUUGCAGAUUCUAGAAGAGGAGAGGAAAUUGCAAGAGCAGGAAGAAGCAACCAAACGGGAGUAUUUGCGGAAACGACAUGAAUUGAUGAAGGAGAUGUCCAGUGAAAGCGGAUCGAUUGAUGCAGAUAUAGAACUACCAGAAGCCAGGGUAGCCACUUGGCUACAGGGGAACGGUUCUGAAAGGCAUGCAGCUUUGUCUAGUGCUGGUUGCCUUCAAAUUAGCAAUUUACCACCGUUAACUAAUGUUGGGGAAACACUUCAGCAUCAAAACUCGUCCGGGAUUAAUGUUAUGUCAAAGGUCCAGAGGCAUAAAGAGGAUGGUCGAGUCAAUUGUCCUACACUGCAGGACUCCAUAAGUAUGGCUACGUUAGGACUCCAGCAGAUGCACAUGCAUGACAGCAAUUAUCGACCCACGGCUACUCAGUGUUUUCGAAACGUGAGUGCCGACCGUGCGCCUCCUCGGUGCUCCACACCAAGAAUGGCGGCUUUAGAUGAUGAGGAAGAAACAGGUUUAACCAGGAAUCAAAUUUCUGCCCGCCAAGCCGUACCACGGGAACUUCCAAUCUUUUCGGGUAACCCAGAAGAAUGGCCAUUAUUUUUCUCCACGUUUACUACAACGACACGGAUGUGCGGCUACACUCAAGGGGAAAACUUGUUGCGUUUGCAAAAAUGUCUGAAGGGAAAAGCCUUUGAAGCUAUUCGAUGCAGAUUGAUGCAUCCAUCGAAUGUACCCAGCAUCAUGUCAACGCUGAAAAUGUUGUAUGGAAAUCCGGAAGUCAUUGUACAGAAUAUGAUUACCAAGGUAUACGCUACUCCAUCUCCGAGGACGGAAAAACUAGAAAGCCUUAUAGAUUUUUCUCUUGCUGUACAAAAUCUUUGUGCUACAAUCGAGGCCUGCGAAUUGGAUGAAUAUUCAUACAACGUGGCGCUCUUGUAUGAGCUGGUAAAUAAACUUCCGCCAGCAUUCAAAGUGGAUUGGGCCAAACAUCGCCGUAACCUAUCAAGAGCUAACCUGCGCGACUUUGCAGAUUGGCUAAACGAGUUAGCAGAAACAGUUUGUCCAAUUGCAUGUUUGCACUACAGCGAAGCAAAACCAUUCCGAGGUAAUAAGCAUUCUUCAUACCUCCACACACACAGUGAAGAUGCCUUUGAGAAACCCUCAGUUGAAGCGAAAGAAGCUCUAAAAUCCAAUCAAACGGGAUUGCAAUCCAGCCGGAAUUGUGUGGUGUGUAAAAAUAGCUGUCCGAAAUUGGAAAAAUGUCUACGUUUCAACGAGCUGGGAUACAACUCUAGAUGGGCCGUCGUGAAGGAAUUCGAGCUAUGCAGGAAAUGCUUACGCAAGCACAAAGGAUCAUGCAGAAAUCAGCAAGUUUGUGGGAAAAACGGAUGCACAUUCAAGCAUCACCAGCUACUGCAUAAUUUCCAUAGGGAUGGGCUAACGGUGAAUACCUCAGGUCCGUCAGAGGAAAGUACACAAGAAUACAUUCAGCUCCCUUCUGAACGCGAGUGUAAUGCUCAUUGCGGGUUUAAGUCUAUAGUAUUGUUCCGCGUCGUUCCCGUCGUAUUACAUGGACUCGGCAGGUCGCUCAAAACCUUCGCUUUUCUGGAUGACGGUUCUUCGCUCACUUUGAUAGAUGCAUCCCUUGCACGCGAGCUGAACUUCAAAGGGAAAUCUGAGCCGUUGUGUUUGAAAUGGACUGGCAAUAACAGUCGAAGAGAGGAAGAAUCAUUAAGCCUGAAUAUAAAGAUUUCAGGAAUCGAAAAAUCUCAUCAAGUUUACUUCGCAGAAGCUCACACAGUCGCAAGCCUGGAUUUGUUCCGUCAAACUGUAGAUGCGGCGAAGCUGAAGAGAGAAUUCCCUCAUCUGCAGGGCAUUCCAUUUGAUUCAUACCGUGACGUGCAACCUCAAAUCCUGAUAGGAAGUGAUAAUGCAAAUCUCAUCUUUCAACUUCAGGGACGGGAAGGAAAAUUCCACGAACCAAUUGCAACAAAAACGCGUCUAGGUUGGAGUAUCUAUGGCGGAGGAGACGUGGGCGAUUCUGUCGUGAACCACCAUACUGUUGAGAUUUGUCCAUGUCAACAGCGCUCCGAGGACUCAAUGCAACAGAUGGUUCGUAACUACUUCAGUCUCGAUGCACUUGGAAUCUAUAAACCAGACAAGCUGUUAGAAGCUGGUCCAGAUCAGCGAGCACGUGAGAUAUUGCAAUCGAAAGUUAGCCAGACAGAAACAGGUCGAUAUGAAGUGAGUCUUCUUUGGAAAUUUGAAGAAUUUCGUCUGCCGAAUAGUAAACCAAAUGCGCUACAACGCUUUCGCUGCCUUAAUGCCAGGAUGAAGAAACAUCCGAAUUUAGCCGCUACUUUACAAGCAAAGAUGGAAGACUACAAGCAAAAAGGAUAUAUCAGAAAGUUAUCCAAUGAAGAGAUUCAAGCCAAACAUGAUAGAGUUUGGUAUCUUCCACUGUUUCCAGUAUUCAAUCCCAAUAAACCGGGUAAAGUGAGGAUAGUUUGGGAUGCGGCCGCAGAAACCAAUGGAGUAUCACUCAAUUCGAUGCUACUGAAGGGUCCAGAUUUACUGACUCCGCUUGAUUACGUACUCUACCGUUUCCGGGAAUUUAGAGUAGGGCUCAGCGGUGACGUAAGAGAAAUGUAUCUUCAGAUGCUUAUGUCGAAAGAAGAUCAACAAUGCCUUAGAGUUUUGUGGUGUGAUGAUUCCUCUGGUGAACCGAGCAUAUACAUAACGCAGGUUAUGCCUUUUGGAACGUGUUGCUCGCCAAGCUGCGCGCAGUAUGUUAAAAACCAUAACGCAACCAAAUUCGCAGCUCAAUAUCCGGCAGCUUCUCAAGCUAUUAUGAAGCAACAUUACGUUGACGAUAUGCUCGUUAGUGUCGAGACGGAACAGGAAGCUAUUCAACUAGCUAAAGAUGUGAAGCACGUUCACGCGCAAGCAGGAUUCGACAUGCGCAAUUGGAUUUCGAAUUCGCCUUCAGUAGUAUCAGCUAUGAAUGAAGAAACCAUUCAAGGGAAAAGCAUGAACGUCGGAUCAGAACUUGGCACCGAAAAGGUAUUGGGAAUGUGGUGGUGUACAGCUGAUGAUACCUUCACCUACAAACUCUCAUCCAAGCAUGAUCCCAGCCUAUUGGAAGGUGACCGUAAACCCACUAAAAGGGAAGUUUUAAGAACGCUCAUGGCAGUAUUUGAUCCUCUAGGAUUAAUAUCAAAUGUUCUCAUUUACCUGAAAGUGCUAUUCCAAGAAGUAUGGCGUUCUGGUAUAGGUUGGGACGAGAUUAUACCAGAAAGGCUUUAUGAAAAGUGGGAGAAAUGGCUAGAAAUAUUACCGAAAGUGCAGGAUGUUCAUAUUCCCAGAUGUUAUCGCCUCAGCACACAGUUGGGCAGUCAAACCAACAUCCAGUUGCAUACCUUUGUUGACGCUAGCCUGUCAGGCUACGCUGCAGUGGUUUAUCUACGCUUUGAACAAGAUAGUACAGUGGAAUGCGCCAUAGUCGGAGCUAAGACCAGAGUAGCUCCGCUCAAGUUUGUUUCCAUUCCGAGGCUGGAACUGCAAGCCGCAGUCAUCGGAGUCAGAUUAGCGGAUACCAUUUCGAAAGCUCUGUCAUUCAAAGUACACAAACGAUAUUUCUGGAGUGAUUCACGGGAUGUACUAUGUUGGAUUAAGUCGGACCACCGUCGGUAUUCACAAUUCGUUGCGUUUCGUAUAAGUGAAAUAUUGGAAUCAACUGCUAUCGAUGAGUGGGGUCACAAAGGAUCUAAAGAAAACGUUGCAGACGAUGCUACGAAAUGGCAAGGGACUCCUGAUUUAUCCAAAAACAGCAGAUGGUUCAAGGGACCAAGUUUUUUAUGGGAAGCUACCAACAUAUGGCCAACUAAUCCGUUCGUUGAAGAAAGUACCGAAGAGGAACUACAAAGCAGAAUCUCCUACCAUCAAGCAGAAUCUAACAAUGUACUUCAAGUGCAGAAUUACUCAAACUGGAAACGUCUUCAACGAACUGUAGCAACGAUUUUGAGAGCUGUCCACAACUUCCGUUGUAUGUCGAACAAGAAUAAGCAGCGUAGAACAGGAUUUCUUUCGAGCAACGAACUCGUGGUUAGCAGCAAUUAUUUGUAUCGUCUAGCUCAAGCGGAAGCAUUUUCUAACGAAAUCACCAUUUUGAAACGUGACACCGAAGAUCGAAGCUCUUUGCCAAAAUCGAGCUCAAUACAUAGUUUCAAUCCGUUCAUCGACGAGCAGGAUUUACUGCGGAUGCGCGGCAGAAUCAGUGCAUGUCAGUAUGUGUCAAUGGAUACGAAAAACCCCAUCAUACUCCCGAAAGAUCAUCACAUCACAUGGUUGAUCAUACAAGAAUUCCAUGACCGGUAUCACCAUCAGAAUCAUGCCACCGUAGUGAAUGAACUGAGGCAGUUAUUCAAAAUACCUAAAAUUCGAAGAUUGUACCAGCGCGUUCGAGCAAAAUGUCAGAGGUGUAAAAAUAAUUCAGCUGUUCCUCGGCCUCCAGUAAUGGGCGAUCUUCCACUUGCCAGACUAGCAGCAUUCGCCCGUCCAUUUUCAUACGUCGGAGUAGAUUAUUUUGGACCGAUGACUGUAGUAGUUGGACGACGAACUGAAAAGCGAUGGGGUGUGCUUGUGACAUGCUUGACGGUUAGAGCGAUUCAUAUUGAAAUCGCACACUCGCUUAAUGCGAAUUCAUGUGUAAUGGCAUUACGGAAUUUUAUGUCACGUCGGGGUGUUCCGAUCCAAAUCUAUAGCGAUCGGGGCACCAAUUUCACAGCAGCUAACAAAGAAAUGAAAGCAGCAAGUGGAGAACUGAAUGCAGCACUUAAAGGGAUGAACCAAGAGCACGUUAUUGCGGAAAUAGCCAGCUCAGAAACCGAGUGGAUUUUUUUGCCUCCUGCAUCACCGCAUAUGGGCGGUGCCUGGGAAAGGCUCAUACAGACAGUUAAAAAAAACCUCCAAGCCAUGAAACCAGGGCGAAACCCAACGGACGAAGUACUCCGAAAUAUGUUGAUGGAAAUAGAGAACGUCGUGAAUUCACAUCCUUUAACGUACGUUCCAAUUGAAGAUUCAGAAGCUCCAGUCCUAACUCCAAAUCAUUUCCUUCUGGGCUCUUCAAAUGGCUUAAAACCAUGGACUUUAUUCGACGACAGUGCAAGUGCUCUUCGACGGUCAAGUUGCAUGUCACAAAUUGAAGCAAACAUCUUUUGGCAAAGGUGGUUACAUGAUUAUUUACCGGACCUAACAAAGCGAUCAAAGUGGUUCAGCGAGGUAAAACCAAUUGAAAUAAAGGACAUUGUGGUAAUAGUGGACCCGGGUCUACCACGUAACUGUUGGCCCUUGGGCAGAAUCAUAGCCGUCAACGCCGGGAAGGAUGGUCGGGUGCGUUCAGCAGCAGUUCAAACCAGAGCAGGUAUCUACGAACGUCCCGUCACUAAGCUAGCGAUUCUAGAUGUUCGACGCGAUGGAUUGGUAAGCCAGGAGCUUCGCGUACCCGGGGGGGAGUGUGACGACCCCUUGGUCGGCGCAUCUCACCGUAUUUGA